GGGGGGCUGGUGUUAGCAGCACAGGCCGCCGCCUCGCACAUCAUCAGUCUGAAGAGGAGUCGCGUCGAUCUCGGGCCUUUACUUCCGUCGUUUUAUAUCCCGCUGGAUAAACACCGAGGGCCCGCUGCUGUCCCGUGUGUUUGUGCGGUGCAGCGUGUAGGACCACUACCCGUGAUUCCUCCGGACAAAUCGAUCCGAGCUCUGCUGGGGCUUCGGGAAACUUAUUGUGUUUUGUUUUUUUUCAACGCACCGCAGCCUGGAUCUCAGCUCAGCCCCGAAACAAGCAGACGUCAGAGACCUCGCCUGCCGCCGCCGCUGGCUCCUUCUUUAUUUUAUCUAAUCGCAGCAUUGUUUGUGGGGUUUUCCACCGCUGCCACAUGCACUAUGUGGCGGGGUGAGUGGCACGCUGCCUGGUAGCUGUUCGACGUUUAUCGGCUUUUUAGUUUUAAACACCGUGCCUUGGCGGAAAGAAGAGGAUUUCGUUUUAUUUAAGGUAGCAUGACGGGAUCCGGAGCCACCGAGCUAGCUAGCUAGCUAGCGGUAGCACCGCGGUUAGCUAGCUCGUUAGCCCCGUAUAAUUGCAAUGAAUGGACUGUUUAUGUUGAUGUUUGCUAACGUGCACGUUGAUUUAAUUACACGGUGUAUAUUUAUAAGAUGUCACUUCGGUAUUUAACUGUGUUUAAAUACAGUUAUUGAGCCACAUAUGCGCGCGUGUUGUGACAAAACACUGCCUAGCUAAGUGGGAAGCUAGCAUGCUAACAACUAGCUAACGUAGACGCUGUUGUUAAACCAGAACUAAAAAUGUCUGGUGAUCGGAGUGUCGGUGCUUCUGUACUGGUUUACGUAUAUAAUGAAAGUAAGGAUCAUAUAACAUACAUGUAUGUGUGCUGUCUAUGUGACUUAUGUUUAAAUUACUAAUAAGUUGAAGCGUAGCAGACAUUGUACGACAAGUUCAAAUCCACUUUGUCCCCUGUUAUUACAACGCACCCUUUUUUAAUAAGCAGGCAUUGAAAUUAUACUUUUAAAGUUCAUUAUGUUGUGCAUAUAUAAUUGCAGGUCCCACACUAAACAACUGCCUCCUCUUCAUUGCACUGAUCUGCAUUCAAACUUUCAUGGCGGCCCUUUAUGAAUAUGAGAUGUUUGGGACUUGAAGCGUUUCAAGUGUUUUUCAGAUCCAUUCUCUUCUCUCCUCAGGUCAAAGUGACAAUGAAUGAGCAGGACAGUGGGGUGGUGUCCUUCGAUGAGUAUGUGCGGCAGAAGGCCCGCACUGUUCCCCAGCACAGGAUGAAGGAGUUCCUGGAGUGUCUUUCCAAGGGCCCCGAGGUGCUGCAGGAGUUCAACCAGCAGGAAGGUGCCGCCACCACCACAGCCAUGGUGUACCAGCAGCAGGACGCCAACUGUAUCUACACAGACAGCACAGAGGUGGCAGGGUCGCUUCUGGAGCUGGCUUGCCCGGUGACUUCUGCCGAGAAUUCACCUCAGCUGUCUGUACACCAGGGGUCUGAUCAGCAGCUCCAAGUGCAGGUUCAGAUCCAGGAACAGCAGGGCCAAACCAUCAGCCAGGUUCUUCAGGUGGCCUCGCCCUCCCAGCACGAUUUGCAGGGAAUCUCUACAGCUCAGUUCAUCCAGCACGGAGAUCUCACAGAGGAGCAGCAACAGCAGAUUCAGGCACAGCUGGUUGCAGCUGUAGCCGGAGGACAACAAAUCCAGUUACAAGGAACGCAACAUAUUCAGCUGCCAGGGGGCCAGCAAAUUCAGCUUCAGGCUGGUCAACAUAUUCAGUUACAAGGAGGCCAACAGAUUCAACUGCAGGGUGGACAACAGAUUCAACAGAUUCAACUGCAGGGUGGACAACAGAUUCAACAGAUUCAACUGCAGGGUGGACAACAGAUUCAACUGCAUGGUGGACAACAGAUUCAACUGCAGGGUGGACAACAAAUUCAACUGCAGGGUGGACAACAAAUUCAACUGCAGGGUGGACAACAAAUUCAGCUACAUGAUGGCCAACAGAUCCAGAUCCAGACCAUAGAGGCCAUGUCUCCUACCCAUCAACAGGACUCUCCUAGGGAGGUAGAGAGGAGGUCUGGUUCUGCCUCAGCUGUACUCCAACCUGCCAAGAAACGUAAGGUGGAUGUCCCUCUAUCUGUUUCCUAUGCUGUGCCACAGGGUCAGCAGAUGGCUACUGUUCUGGCCAUCCCUCAAGGGCAGCAGCAGAGCUAUGUGUCGCUACGACCAGAUUUGCUCACUGUUGACAGUGCUCAGCUGUUCAGCACCACAGGGACAAUCACAGGUCCCACGGGUGAGACCUGGACCAUCCCUGUGUACUCUGCUCCACAACAGCAGGGGGUAACUCACAUUGCCUUACCACAGGAACAGUACAGCACAGUGCAAGUUACCACCACCAACGGUAAGGAUAAAAUGUCCCCCAGGUCUGCAGAUGUGCAGUUGGCCUCCGCUGGGACACAGGAAGAAAUGGUACAGACCCUGUUUCCAGCGCAGUUCAUGAACGGGAACAUUCACAACCUUGUGGCAGUGCAGGCUGUAGGAGGGACUUACAACACUACACAGUCGGUACACAUAUGGGACCCAAAUCAACAACAGGGUCAAGGAGAAGAGGGGCAAGAACAGCAGCUCCAUCUGCAGGGUCAAGUCCAGACGGAGGCUGAAGCUGAACCGCCCACUGAAAUUCUGGUUCCUGUCUGUCUAAAACCAGAGGAAGGCCUGGAGGUCUGGCGGCUUUGGGCGAAACGGAAAAACAUAGAGUUAAGCAAGCAGGAAAAACCCAGUCUUGCGCCAAUAGGACGUCGUCAGCCGCUCUGUUUUCAAGAAGACUUGGUCUCUAGUGCUGUAGCUGAGCUAAACCUGGGUCUUGCCCUGAUGACGCAGGAAGCACGUGGAUCUGAAGAAGAAGAAUUUUCCCCCGACGUCCUGUAUUAUGUAUUCUUGUGUAUACAAAAGUACAUCGCCGACAAUGGACGUGUGGAUGAUGUUUUCGCUGAUCCAUAUUACACACGUUUCGGUGCGUCCUUACACAACAUCCUUGAUGGCUGGAAACCAAUUGUCCACCCGCUAGGUUACAUCAUUCCAAGUCAUGUGACAGAAGAGAUGCUGUGGGAGUGUAAACAGCUCGGUGCACAUUCGCCAGCCACACUCCUCACUACCCUUAUGUACUUCAAUACAAAGUAUUUCUGCCUGACGACACCUGAACAGCACUUGAAAGUAGCUUUCUCGAAGGUCCUCAGACACACGAGGAAGAACCCCACCAAUGCCAAGGACAAAGCAACCAGCAUCCGCCUUCUCAAAGGACAAGGUCCACACAGUGCCGGACAGAAAGGAACUGACGACAUGUAUGAAGAACAGAUUGAAGAUCCGGAGAAUCCACUUCGCUGUCCCAUUAAACUUUAUGACUUUUACCUCUUCAAAUGUCCUCAGAGCAUCAAAGGACGCAAUGAUGCGUACUACAUGACUCCAGAACCUGUCGUUGCACCCAACAGCCCAAUGUGGUACUCAUCGCAGCCGCUCACAAAUCAGCAAGUGGAACAAAUACUGGCUCGCAUCAUCGUGGUCCGAGAGAUCCAGGAGAUUAUUGGUGUCAGUGCAGAGAACAUGGGCUAAGCUGAGCGGACUGUCUGGACUGAUGGGGACUCGUUCCACAGUCACUGAUUGUUGACUAUGCAGUAGCUGUCCUGACCUAAACUUCACUGGCCAUCUCAAAUAAAAUGGAUCAACUUCUGAAACAAUCACUUUUCUUCUGAGGAGUAUACACGAGAAAUUCUCUCCUUACUUUUUCUGCUUUCAGCUGAUUGGGUGGACUUCUCGUUCUCUUGACCACCUAUGUAAGCCAUCGCCUCUGUAACCUGGCAGAUAAACAAGGUUUUAUUCUCACCACUGCGGGAACACUGGUCAGUCUCUUGGAUUGCUGCCGUGUCAGCUGAGCAGAGGUGUUUCUUUUUUCUGUAAAAGUCAAAUCUUCUCAAUAUAUGAAGAUAUUUCAUCCUCCACUUCUUAUCCUCACAGUCAGUUAAUGUCUUACUUCUCCUCAAGGUCCCACUAUGAUACAGUACAUCUUAAAGGGCAAUUACAGGGGCCCAUGCUCACGGUUCCUUUUUUUUCUCUUCUAUACUGAUUGCAUAUUGAAUCAUGUAUUGAUAUGUUCAAAAAUACAAAACUUGUGCCUGUUUUUUCUAAAAACAACAAAGACGUGAUUUGUGCUUGUGGACAACCCAAGCGGACCCUCAGAAAUUCACAUGGUCAAGUGCUAUACUGCAGUCAUGUGGGGGGAAACAUUUUUCUCAGGUCAAAGCUAUCCAUUAAAGAACACCCGUCAAGGAUUUUAUUUGCCAACUUACUCCUGUAUGUCUGUGUGUAUAGUUGGUUAUUAAACAGAUAUGCAGGUGGAAACAUCUUUGUCCAGCUCAUGCACUGUUAAUCCUUGAAUGAAAAGUCAUGUCAAAGUCAGUUUGACAAAGAUAUAUCUGGUACUCACUAGUCUGGACAUACUGAUGUUUGAAACCAGGAUUCGCAAUGGGCCUUUUGAAACUGACUUCUUAUAGCAUUCACAUGAUACCUCCAGAGAAAUGACACAAUUGCAGUUUUACUACAUUGAAAAAUAGUUGUAAAUCAAUUUUUCUUCAUCUGUUUAUUACUAAAACAAUUUGUGUAGCACUGUACAGUAAUUUACUACAGUCUCUUCUGAUUAUGACCUCAGCUUUACACUAGCAUGACAAUGGAAUACAUACCUCCGCCAAGGCCGAUCAAUCAUACACAUUGUUUGGUUCUUAUAGUAGAAAUAUAAAAAGGAAAUUGUUAACAUUAAUUGUCAAAAACAUUUUGCAAAAUGUUAUUAUUUCUUCCAAAGAAUCAUCCCUGCACCAAGUUUGGAGGAAAUGGGUUUUGUAGUUUUUGUAUAAUCCUGCUAAAAAAAAUAAAGAAACAUGAAACCAUAA